GGAAGCGGAAGUGGGGGCAGAGCGGGAGCGGAGGCGCUGCUGGGCCGGGCCGGGCCGAGCCGGGCCGCACCCUCCGAACGCUGAGGGGCCGAGGGGCGAUGCACCACUGCAAGAGGUACCGCUCCCCGGAGCAGGAGGCCUGCUGGGGCCCGCGCUGGAAGAGGAAGCGUUCCCGGAGCAGGGCCUACGAGGGCCGCCCGCGCUGCCCGCCCCGCAGGGACCUGCCCAGGAGGUCGCGAUCCAGGAGCCAUGACAGGAUGCCUUAUCACAGGAGAUACAGAGACCGACGGGACAGCGACGCCUACAGAUUCGAAGAGCGGAGCCCGUCCUUCGACGACGACUAUUACUCGACCCGCACGCGGCACUGGCGGCGAUCCCGGGACAGAGAGCAGUACUAUGACAGGAAGCACCAGCACUACUGCAGGAAACGCAGGACCAGGUCUUGUAGCAGUGCCUCCUCGAGAAGCCAACAGAGCAGUAAGCGCAGCAGGAGCGUGGAAGAUGACAAGGAAGGCCACCUGGUGUGCAGGAUCGGCGAUUGGCUUCAAGAGCGAUAUGAAAUUGUCGGCAGCCUUGGCGAAGGCACUUUUGGCAAAGUGGUGGAGUGUGUAGACCACGCCAGAGGCAAAUCGCAGGUGGCACUGAAAAUCAUAAAAAACGUUGGGAAGUACCGCGAGGCAGCCAGGCUGGAAAUUAAUGUCCUGAAGAAAAUCAAAGAGAAGGACAAGGAGAACAAAUUCUUGUGUGUCCUGAUGUCAGACUGGUUCAACUUCCACGGCCACAUGUGCAUUGCCUUUGAACUUCUUGGCAAGAACACUUUUGAGUUCCUGAAGGAGAAUAAUUUCCAGCCAUACCCUCUCCCUCAGAUCCGGCACAUGGCCUACCAGCUCUGCCAUGCCUUGAAAUUUCUACAUGACAACCAGCUGACUCACACUGACCUCAAGCCAGAAAACAUCUUGUUUGUCAACUCUGACUUCGAUACUCUGUACAACGAGAAAAAGAGCUGUGAGGAGAAAUCCAUCCGGAACACGAGCAUCCGCGUGGCAGACUUCGGAAGUGCCACCUUUGAUCAUGAGCACCACACCACUAUCGUGGCUACCCGGCACUACCGUCCCCCAGAAGUGAUCCUUGAGCUGGGCUGGGCGCAGCCAUGCGAUGUCUGGAGUACUGGCUGCAUUUUGUUUGAGUAUUACCGUGGCUUCACGCUCUUCCAGACCCAUGAGAAUCGUGAGCAUCUUGUGAUGAUGGAGAAAAUCCUUGGGCCCAUUCCAUCUCACAUGAUCCACAGAACUCGAAAGCAGAAAUACUUUUACAAAGGGAACCUGGUAUGGGAUGAAAACACAUCUGAUGGGAGAUACGUCCAAGAGAACUGCAAGCCGCUGCGGGUCCACGUGGCCGGAUGGGCUCUAAGUGGAGUGCAGGGGGAUGACGAAUUUGCAGCCGAAGGUGCUGUCUGUUUCACUGAGCUCUGUUGGCCUCCUCGCACUCAGUGUCUGCUGCAUUACCUCUUCAUGAAGCAUCCGGUGUGAGGACUGAUGCUUUCUAACAGGCACGUAGCCCUGGCACCACAACCACAGCACAACAUAUUGCGCAGUGCUCCAGUUCUCACACUUGUUACUCCCAAAAAGUUUUAAUAAGCUAGGUCUGGUAACGGUGCUGGUGAAACAACAAAGAGAAACAAGCCCUCUCACAACAAAGUGCAAAGUAUCAGCUUAUUCUAGAGCACGCUAAGAUCUGAGCUCUGAUAGCUAGCUCAGCAAGGCUGUAUGCUUGGUGCAGAACAGCAGUUUGGAUGCUCAUUUACUUGUAGUUUCAAUAUGCUGAACAAGGCAGGCCGUUAUCCUAAGAGAAUGGCUGGUCUGACUCAGCUUCACACAGCAGCUCUUGUGUUUGUUCAGACCGGAAACAUCUGUACCAGCACAACUGCUCCACUGUUGGACCUCUCCAGCUCCUGCUGUCCCACCGGCCUCCAGGCACACUUCUGGAUGCCACUAGAUGGUGCCACUGGCACGGGCAGGCAGCACCAAAACAAACAGCACAGAUAUCUGCAACCUGCACUGCUCCCAGCUUACCUUUGACACUGGACACCUGCUGGCCUUGCGUCUUGCUGAAGAGGUUCAGCUCGUUGGUAAUGGACUCCAGCAUCUUGACAAAGUUGGGCAGGAAAAGGAUGACGUGGACGUCAUGGUUGGAGAGGUGCCGUCCGCAGCUGAUCCCCUGGGCCCCCUUCACGUGGGGGCCACACAGCAGGGCUACCGUGGGCCGCUGAUGCACAUUUUUGGGGUUUAGCCUAAACAGAGACAAAAGGGGAAUGGUAAUAAACCCCAAAAUCUUCUACCUUUGUACUGCAAGAGGAAAAAAAAUAAAUAAAUCAGUAAGAUGCAAAUCAA